AUGCAAAGACAAACUCUUGUCGGCUUACAAACAAAGUUAACUCUGACCGAUGUUCAAAUGAGACUCUUUCGCCAACCUCCGAAAGGACAGUUUCAAACAACUAUAAUCCAGCCCUGGUUUGUUCUGUAGCGUCUGAAUUGAGAACAAGAAACAAAUCAUGUGUGGCAUUCUGUUUUCUUUUCUCUCUAUUAUCUCUUCUUUUUCAUGCCACAUUCGUGCUUUUGCAUUCCCAUCUACCGCAAUAUGUCUUUUUUUAUUCUUUUUCAUUCCAACUAUUGGGCAUGCUCUAACAAACAAACUAGGGCUGAAUCCAGGAACAACCUUCUGCUGGCGGGAGUUUUUCAAGCUCCGAGGAACGACACCGAUGCCAGGAGUUAAAGUUCAAAUUCCAUGGCUUUUUACCACGAAAGGCCGAGAACACGCAGCAUCAUGGAAGAACGUUAGAAACACAACAGGCCAGGCCGACGAACCUGGAAUGUCGGCUGAGAGCUUGGCCGGAACUCGUCAACUUAUGGAGUCCAUGGCCUAUAGAUCGACUGGCCGGGCGGUCUCCGGUGUAUGCAUCGGCCAAUCCAUUUCCCUAAGCAGCUUGUGAAUCCCGACCAACGGGAUUGGCGGCGGUCCCAAGAUUGUCCCGGCACUGGGUCUUCCCCGCACCACCGAGGCUCCAGGGGCACUACGCCAGCCACGGCCCACUUGCUCCCCGAUGCGGCGCCGCAUGCUACACGAAUCACGAUGUGGGAUGGCUUGAAGCGUACGUGGGUAGCGGGUGUGUCUGCGACAGCAGGUGCCGAGAGCUAGACCCAGGGACAUCGCGGC